AAACUUCAUAGAGGGCGCUAAGUAGGAAGUGGAUAUCAGAAAUAAUUCUGCAUAAUUUUCCAGUCUCCUAUUUAAUCUUUUUCAAAGGAUCAAUGAUUAGUUAAAAAGGAUGUCCAGUUUGUUUAGCCGGUUGGUGAGGUCCGGUGGGUCUCAGGCCCAGGCUGACACCUCACCAAAGCCCCAGGACAAUGCGCUAGGACUAAUGCAUCUACGUAAGUUGUUCACAGAGUUCCGGCAUCCAAGCGCAGAGUCUACACAGAAAGACCAGGAGGAUAAACUCUACAAAAUGCUGCCUAUAUUCUGUAAGAUAUUUGGGAAUGUGGCAGCCAGUUCAAUGACGGAGAAGUUUGGAGAUAUUUUACAGUUUUGUUCUCAUGUGUCCAAAUUGAUGGUAACAGAGGUGAGGAGGAGAGCAUCAAACCAAUCUACAGAGGAAGCCAGCUGUGCAAUAGUAAAAUUCCUUGAGAUAGAAUCAACAGAAGAAUCAAGUGCUGGCUGGAUGUUGCUCACCACAAUUAAUCUAUUGUCUAUGGGUAACCAGGCCCUUAUUGACUGUAUGACUGCAGCAUCCCUGCCCUCAACACUAGUUAAAUGUUUAUACCUAUUUUUUGACUUGCCUGAAGUAAAGGGACCUGAUGAGUUAGAACAGGGCUGUGAGUUUACACCCAGGGAAAGACGGGUACUCCUGCAGAAAGUUUUUGUACAGGUGUUGGUACGGUUAUGUAAUCAUACAUCACCGGCGGAGGAAUUGGCGAGGAAAGAUGAUCUCAGUCUGUUGUUUAGUGCAAUAACCAGCUGGUGCCCAGCUCACAAUGUCAUCUGGCGUAAAAGUGCAGGAGAGGUGCUGGUUACUCUGUCAAGACAUGGUCUCACAAAUGGAGUAACUAAAUACAUACAUGAUAAAGGGUGUGUGCGACAUUGUGUUGAGAACAUGCAGAGGGCCCAGGAUUUGUCCCCGCUGGACCUUGUUGAGAUGUUUGUCACCGUGUUCUGUUUUCUCAAAGACUCCAGUGAAGUUUCUCAUAUACUUCUAGAUGACUUCAAAUCCUGUCAGGGAUACACAUACCUGUCAGAGUUCAUCCUUAGGUUGGAGUUGGAUACCAGUGAGGAAGCAGUGCAAGCCUUGCGUAAUCUGUUGCUCCUUGUUGGAUCCCUGACUACCUGUGGCUACACCGAGAUCAAACCCAGCACUGCCAGCACAGGGUCCAUAUACCAGAUACCUGGCUUCUCACUCCCGCAGCCAGCAGGCAAAGGUGUUAGUGUGAGAAAUAUCCAGGCUUUCCAAGUGCUACAAAACGUCUUCUUGAAGGCUCACUCAAGUGCACUGUGUAAUACAAUCCUUGAUGUAAUGAGCAGUAUAUACCACCAAGAUAAUGCCAACUAUUUUAUACUGGAACCACAACAUACACUGUCACAGUUUGCUGAAAAAAUACAUCACAAAUCACCUGAUGUACAGGAGAAAUUCUUCGAGUUGUUAGAAUUCAUAGUCUUCAACCUAAACUUUGUACCAUGUAAAGAAUUGAUCAGCCUUAGUCUUAUCCUAAAAAUACAACAUUCGGUGCCAAAUAGCAUUUUGUGUCUAAAAUGUUUACAAAAGAUUCUACAAUACCAUAUCGUGUUUAAAGAUGUAUACCGUGAGGUUGGUAUGUUAGAAGUCCUCAUUACAUGUCUGCACAGAUUUGCUGCCUUGUUGAAGGAUCCACAGGCAGAUGGAGAUACAACCAGAAUGACCUCAGACCAGAAGGAACUAGGGUUUCUAGUGAUGGAAGUGUUAGCUAUGUUGCUAAGCAACAGUAAUCCAAAUACAAAUGUGUUCAGGGAGUGUGGUGGUGCUAGAUGUGCCCACAACAUGGUGCCAUUCAUAGAGUGUCGGCAUCAGGCACUGAAUAUAGUACAGCAGUUAGUUCUGUCACCGGGAGGUGAUGAUGAUAUGGGAACAUUGCUAGGCCUCAUGAACACUGCAGAGGUGACAAACCUUGAACUUAAAACUGCUAUUCUCAAGUCGUUAUUGAAUGUAUUACGAGAGAGUCAUAGAACUCGUACUGUGUUCAGGAAAGUUGGAGGUUUUGUCUAUGUAAUGUCAGUACUGGUUAUAAUGGAAGGCUGUCUGGCUCAUCCACCGAAACAACCAUGGGACAAAGUGAGCCGUGUCGAAGUGUUGAUGAUGUUGAAGACUGUGUUCAGCUCUCUGACUGUUGCUAUGAGAUACGAGCCUGCUAAUGCCAAAUUCUUCUCUACAGAUGUGAGAUAUGACAGUUUGACAGAAGCUGUAAGACUGUUGGGGUGUUUCUCCUCCACACAAGAUAUAACAGCCCUGGAUGAUGAUACAGACUGCUCCUCACUGACUGAAGGCUACCAGGCAUUCGAGGAAUUAUUCCACCAAAACAAGGAAGCAAGAACAAGAGAAGAUAUACCAGUACUGUUGAUGUCAGCAUGUCAGAUGAUUAGAUACCUGUAUGAUAUGGCACUGGAUGCUUUUGAUAGACCAUAUAUGGUGUCCGGUUCCAAGAAGAGUGACUCUCCAUUAAUCAAACGGCACACAGUAUUCCAGGAGAGCCCUUCCUCCUCACCACAGUCAUCUCCAAAACUUAAAAGGGCAAGCACGGGGAGUCUGUCUCUACCUGUCAACACUACACAUCCCGAAUACAUUAUCCACGCUGGCGCUGUGUUGUCAAUAUUCCAUCUACUGCCUGCUGUAGCUAGUGACAAUGAUAAACUUACCAAAGACCUGAAAGUGUAUGUAGCAGGACUGUUGAAAAACUUGUUGAGAAAAGAACACAACCAGCAAGUGAUGUGUGAUGCAGGUUUUCCUCAUGAGUUAUUGAGUCAUGGAAAUAUUUCACUGGCUGAUGAAUCACAUCCUCUUCACCCCUCAUUACAGUAUAUGUUUGAACGUCUAGCAUCACAGUCACUAACUCCUAGAGAUUUAAGAGACUUUCUGAGAUUAGGAUCACCUUUAAACUGUAGACCAGCAGAUGAGGACCUUGAACAUUCUGAAAAACUGAAUAAAAGUUGGCCACUGUCAAGACACGCUAGUGUUGAAGAGAAAUGAACACCUUUUGAAGUAGAAAGAAAAUUGAAGACUACAGGGUGUCCAGUGCCAUUAACAAGAGUGAAAUGUUUAGUGUCAAUGACAACCCCCAAAGAUGCGAGAAUGCAUGGUUCUAGUGUGACUCCAGCGUUUGUGGAGUUUAAUAUGAAUGCUGAAGGGUUUGGGUGCCUGUAUUUACCCAGUAUAGCCCCACAGGGACCUCCAACACCAAGUGUUGUGAGUGGGGUUGUUGGGGCAGCAGACCCAUCAGUGAUUGGAGGAAUUGGAUCAGGAGAGAGAGUGUUUCCCCCACAGUCAGGCCUGACAUUCUCAUCAUGGUUCUGUGUGGACAAGUUCAGUGUAUGGGGCACAGAUCCCCACCCCGUCAGACUGUUCACAAUUGUACGCAACCUUCAGGGGCGGGAGGAAAAUCUUAUCUGUCUCAGUAUAACUAUAUCACCGAGGGAUAAAUCACUGUAUGUUUGUACACAAGAGACCUUAAUGCCAUCUGCAGCCCCUCCAGAUGAUCUAGGGGAACCGAAGUUGACAGACAACCUGGUCAAGUUUUGGCAUCAGGACAUUGACCUUGAAGGUCAGUGGCAUCAUUUAGUUCUCAUCUUUCACCGGGCUGGCAUAAUGAAGAACUCUAGCGUGAGUCUUUUCCUGGAUGGAGAACAUGUCAACACUCAUAAGUUGCAUUACAUCUCCCCAAACCUUGGUGUAGGAGGCUCGGCAAGUCCAACAGCAUUUACCUCUGUGUUUGGGUAUAUUGGUACCCCACCUCAGCUGCGAAGGCAAUCCAGACUCACAUGGAGACAAGGACCAUGUCAUCUGUUUGAAGAUGUGAUUUCAUCAGCUACAGUCAAAAAUAUAUACACUCUAGGACCAACUUAUAUAGGAAGUUUUCAGGCACCAUAUCUAGAAGACAAAGACAUGCAAGGUCCAUUUAUCAGUGAGGACAAGCUUGUGUUUGGUGUACAUGCACAUGCUAUGUCGCAGAUGACUGUCGCUAAAAUGAGAAAGAUUUACAAUAAAGUGGACAGCAAGACUAUUGCUAAACAGCUGGCCAUGUCAUCACAUGAUAAUGCUACACCAAUCAGAAUCUUACACAACUCUGCAGGACAUCUUGGGGGUUAUGCUAGAUGUCUAGGAGCUAUCCUCAUGGGAUACUUAGGAGUAUGCACAUUUUGUCCUAUGCCAGUUGCAAAGAUGUUGCAGAAUGUUGGUGGAACAAAGACCCUGCUUGGCCUGGUUGCCAUGACAACAGAUGUAGAAGGCCUGUAUGCUGCUGUGAAGGCUCUAGUUUGUGUAGUUAAAAGUAACAAACAGGCGCUACAUGAUCUGGAUAGAAUAAGUGGAUAUCAGGUUUUAGCAAUGUUAUACAAGAAGAAACAGGCGUUACUUAACAGUCACAUACUACAUCUAACAUUCUCCUUAGUUGGUACCAUAGACAGUGGUAAGGAAAGCUCUACCAUACCUAACAAAAAAGCUUUCGAGGACAUUUUAUGUGACCUGGAGGUGUGGCAUGAUGCACCAUUUGAUCUACAAAGGUCCUUGUAUGAACAUUUCUAUGAGCUGCUUACAGAUUCCAGUGACCAGUCCAAUAACCUGAAGUUGAUGCGAGAGAUUGGACUGGUUCCAAGAUUGUUACAUGUAAUGAAAGAUCCACGCCUGUCUCAGACCACCUUGGAUACAAUGGCUAGUGUGGUAGAGCAAUUGUUAGAAGGUCCACCUGAUUCUCAGGCUUUGCUCAAACUUGGCCAGUUCCUGAUAUUUACUAUACCAGAGUCUCAUUCAGAAAAAUUAAUGGUUGUGGAAAACCCAUCAUCUCCAAGUGGAAAUUACAUUAUUAUAGAGACUGAUGAACCAGGAGGUCCAUCCAUUCAGAAGGUGCGGCUGAGAAACACACUGCUGGAUGUUGUACAGAGGUUGCUUAGUCAGAGUGUAUCAUCUGGCAACAGUUUCUGUGAAGAGUUGCAGAGAGUUCUAGGAUUUGAUUGGAUACUGAUGUUCUUACAAAGUCACAUCCAUUCCACAACUGUAAUCCGAGCUCUACAGAUACUCCUAGUUAUGUUCCGGAACCCGAUGGUGGUUGCUAGGUUCAGGGAUGGUCAGUUUGGUGGAGGUUGGUUGAAGGAUACAGAAAUGAUUGUAAAACAGCAUUCUGGGGCAACCAUGCUAGGGUUUAACCUGCACUCGGGUCAUCAGAGUGAGACACGUGAAGUGAACCAGGAGAUCUGUCAUGUGCCAGGAUUUACUGUCUUACAGUGGCUACUUCCUAAACAUAACAGUGUACCGGAGGUCUACUUUCUACUAAUGGCAAUGCUCCUUGGUCAACCAGUUAAAAACAUACCUACAGAUAUACAGUUGAACCUUGAUUCAGUGUGGACAAUACUAUUUGGAGCACCACUAAGUAAACAUACAGCCAGUCUAACAAGAGACAAGGACAUCCAGCUAUGUCCUGAUGCUGCCAUUAUAUUACUGACCAUGAUCAGGAGUAUGCUUAACCCUGUGUUGGAUCAGGAUAGUGAGGACUGGGCUAGAGAGUACCCUGUCACUCUGAUACAGUUUCUGCUAUUCCUGUAUCACAAUCACUCGGACUUUAUACAGCUGUCCACACAACCAGACUUUAUAGCUGCCCUAUCAGCUACAUUGUUCCCAUACUUCUCACCAGAUUCUGAUGAAUGUGUCACCACUCCUGAAGAUGAAUUCAAGCCAUUCCCAGACAGUGAUGAUAUGGUUUAUGUCAGAUCUCCAGACAAAAAUAAAACUUGUUUCUUGACAUUACAUCCUGCUCGGAAGUUUGUCAUAGAUUUCCUACGUACUGUUGUUAUAGACAGUAUGUCACAGCCAAUGUCCACAAAGUCAGCAUCAGUAAUUGACAUCAUGCUGGAGGCCACACCAGAGCAUGCCACACGUGCGCAGCAGCGGGAAUACCAGACCCAGAUGUUGAAGACAAUCAUGGACCAUCUGGUUGCCGUGGAUGUGUUACUAGGAGACCAGGCAGCUGUACCAAUAAUGGCUGGAGGAAGUUUCUCUAAUCUGGCCUCUAAUGUGUUCUAUUUUACCAGUCGAGUUGUAGAUAAACUUUGGCAAGGUGUUUUUACGAGAGAGACCAAGGAAGUGUUUGAUUUUAUCGCUAAACUCAUUUCCCAGGCUAAAAGAAAAUCAUCAGGCCUUUCACUAGAUUCGGUGUACAAGUCUUUGAAUCGUACGAUCCUGUUCCAGUUGUCUAGACCAGUAGAUAAUGUAGCUGGUCAGACACAGGUAAUGGAUGCUCUACAUAAGCUGACCAACAACAGAAGUCUCGUAUUUGGACCUAACAACUAUGACCAAGAGUUCCUAGGCUGUUUAUGUUACUGUUUACUCAACCUCACUGAUGAUACUGCCAACAGCUACACCAACUUGCAAGAGGAGCAUCCAAUAAAGACUACAUGGCACUUGAGCCUGGAUACAGAAGCAGACAGUACGAGCCUCGACUCACCCCGCCGGGGCAGGGCAUCUACAGAGGGAUUGUUCUUAGUAUCAAAGGCAGCUAAACGUGUGUGGGAAGAGCUUUAUGUUCACAAGAAGCCGGUGCUGGAAGAGAUAUUUAGGACACAGAUGAACAACAAAGAUCUGGCAAAAACUGCAGACUUCACAGCUCCAGAUCUUCACUCUGUUAGGCCAGUAAUACAAGAGCAAGCCUCACGUAUCUGGGUGGCCUAUGCUGAGAAUGAACGCAAGGGAGCUUACUCAAUGAUUGAGAAAAUACCUCCACAAAUCAAGAGCAAGCCUCGACGUAUUGGGUGGUCCUAUUUUAGUUUUGCAACAAGGAAAGCACAAGGAGAACUUCCACUGAAGUCAUCUGCCUACCACCACAUCUCAUCCACAGACUACAUAAGUGACCUGGACCACUUGUUGGUGAAGGAUCUAGAACUACAGCACAGGACAGUACUUACAGACCAGGAUUACAUGGACAGGUACCUGACAGAGGAGUGGACACAAAUGGAGCAAGAGUUGUUAAGGGAACGGGGAUUAUGGGGACCAAUUGUAGGAUCUAGACUUGAUAAAUGGAUGCUUGAUAUGACUGAAGGUCCAUUCCGUAUGCGCAAGAAGAUGGUAAAGAAUAACAUGUUCUAUGUACACUAUCCGUACAGACCUGACAUGGACAAUAGUCCAUUGAAGUACAAGAUACCAAUCAGUUAUGACAGUAAAGCGUACUACCUACAGUACCGUCCACAGAGUCUGUUUGGGGAUGAAGUGUUACCUAUCAAACUAGGCACGGAGGAACUCCCCUCUAUAGAAUCCGAGGUGGAGGAAAGGUCACCUGAAGACAUUAUGAAGAUACCAAAGUUGUUGCCAAAGAAGAUCAAAAAGCCUAUGCCAGAAAGUAAUGAUGAUGAUGAUGAUGCUGAUGUAGAGAAAGUAGACCAGACAGAUGGUCAGGAGAGCUUGGAGAACCAGUCAGAAACUGUACAGGAGACAGGACAGAAAAAGGGAGAUAACCAGGCUAUACUGAGGCUCCUCGGAGACGGGGAAAAGAUAUCCCAUAUGUUCCGCUGUGCGAGGAUACAGGGUCUAGAGACAGCAGAGGGUCUGUUGAUGUUUGGCAAAGAACAUUUCCAUAUCAUAGAUGGCUUCACUCUCCUGGCAACUAAAGAGAUCAAAGAUAUAGACACACUUCCUGAAGAUUUGCAUGAGCCAAUUAUUCCAAAGACACCAAAAGGCCAGAAAAAAAUGUACAACAAAUUUGCCUAUGAGGACAUUCGUGAAGUGCACAAACGACGGUAUUUGUUACAGCCUAUAGCUAUAGAGGUAUUCUCAUCAGAUGGCAGAAACUACCUUCUAGCUUUCCCAAAGAAAGUCCGCAAUAAAGUCUAUUCAAAGUUUAUGACAGUUGCCACAGCGAUUACAGACAGUGCUCAUCUCUCUGUGUCUGGACAGAAACAGAAUGCUAGGAUAGAAGCUGGAACUGGUCUGAUCAGCAGUUUAAUGGGUGAAAAGUCUGUGACACAGAGAUGGGAGAGAGGAGAGAUCAACAACUUCCAGUAUUUGAUGCAUCUGAACACGCUGGCUGGAAGGUCGUAUAAUGACCUAAUGCAGUAUCCUGUCUUUCCAUGGAUUGUUGCAGACUAUGAUUCUGAGGAGUUGGAUUUGUGUAAAGCCGAAACAUUCCGUGACCUGUCAAAACCAAUGGGAGCUCAGACCCCAGACAGACUGAAACAUUUCAAGAAAAGAUACCACGACUGGGAUGAUCCGCAAGGUGAGACACCACCAUACCACUAUGGUACACACUACUCCUCUGCUAUGAUUGUGGCCUCAUACCUGGUCAGACUGGAACCAUUUACUCAAACAUUCCUCAACUUACAGGGUGGUCAUUUUGACCUGGCUGAUCGAAUGUUCCACAGUGUGAAAGAGAAUUGGCUGUCAGCCUCCAAAAACAACAUGGCUGAUGUGAAGGAACUUAUACCAGAAUUCUUUUAUCUGCCUGAAUUCCUUGUUAAUGAUAAUAACUUUGAUCUCGGUUACAAGCAGAGUGGUGUUCAGUUGAAUGAUGCUGUCUUACCACCAUGGGCUAAAGGUGAUCCCAGAGAAUUUAUCAGGGCACACAGAGAGGCAUUGGAGUCUGACUAUGUUAGUUCACGACUACAUGAAUGGAUAGAUCUGAUAUUUGGGUGCAAGCAGCAAGGCCAGACAGCUGUCGACGCUGUCAAUGUAUUCCAUCAUCUGUUCUAUGAGGGAAAUGUAGACAUUGACAGCAUUGAUGACCCACUCAAGAAAAAUGCCACCAUUGGGUUCAUCAAUAACUUUGGUCAGAUUCCUAAACAGAUAUUCCGUAAGUCACACCCACAAAAGAAGUUAAGUUUGCGAGGUGUAGAACUUUCAUCAAACUUGGCUGACAGAUUGUUCUUCCAUAAUGUUGAUAAUCUCAAACCAUGUAUGCAACCUGUGAAAGAGUUGAAGAGUGCUGUAGGUCAGAUUAUGCACACUGAGCGCUAUGUCCUGGCUGUGGAGCAGAACAAGGUGCUUAUACCUACAAACUACAACAAAUAUCUCGCCUGGGGUUUCUCUGAUCUCAGUGUCAGAAUAGGAAACUAUGAAUCAGAAAAGGCAACAUCUAUAUUUGAGGGAUUAGAUAAUGGUGAAAUACUGUGUGCAGCUUGUCCAAACUCCAAGGUGUUUAUAACUGGAGGAACAAGCUGUGUUGUAAAUGUUUGGGAACAGAAUAUGAAGGACAAACGAGUUGAUCUGAAGCAGCCAUUAUAUGGUCAUAUCGAACCUGUAACUUGUGUAGCUGCUUCUGCUUGGUAUAACUUUAUUGUGAGCGGUUCUCGAGACAGGACAUGUAUCAUUUGGGACCUGUGUAGACUGGUGUAUGUUAGACAGUUACGAGGACAUACAGCACCUGUGGCAGCUGUCUGCAUUAAUGAACUUACUGGUGAUAUAGCAUCAUGUGGUGGUACCUAUCUACAUGUAUGGAAUAUUAACGGUGAAGAGGUAGCCUGUGUAAAUACAGCAUCUGUUAGAAACCACCAGAUCCUCUGUGUUGCCAUGUCACAGUUGAUGGAAUGGGACAGUAGAAACGUGAUUCUGACUGGCAGUAGUGAUGGUGUUGUAAGAAUGUGGAGUGUGGAGUAUGUUCAGGUACCGGACGAAACCAAACUAGUCAUACCAGAAAAAUCAACUGCAAUGGAAGGUAACUCUGCUGAUACUGUAGAUGAAGCAAGAAUUACCUCCCCUGAAACUAGUCAACCGGAAGAUAUUCCAUAUCGCCGGAAACGCAGUGUAUCAUGUGAUAGUUAUGAUGAAGAUACCCAAAGUGCAGCAGAGAGAUUACAGGACUUUAAGGACCCAGAUAAUUUGACUUCUAAACUUGUUGAAUUAAGUUCAUCAGUAGACAGUAAUAGUCAUUUUAUGUCUAAAGUGUUAGAAAAACUUGAAGGUACAGCCAAGCCAGGCCGGGAAUCUCAAGGUGCAAUAGACAGAAAUAUAAGCACAUCUAGUAGUAUAAGUGAUCUGUAUGCUGGUGAGGAAGUUGUUGGGGGUGAUGUAGAACUGAACAGAGAUGGUGAGGUUCAGAGUGUCAAGUCAGCUGGAAGUGUAUCUGUCUCAUCAGCUAUGGAGGCUACAGAAAGCUUGGAGAAUGUACUUAGAACAAACAGUGAUGAUAAGAUUCAGCCUGGGCAUAUAGGACAUAGUGCUAGUCAUCCAGAUAUAAAGGACGAGGUAGAAACAGAAACUAAGAGGUCAUUGUCCCUGGACACUGAGAGUAAAAGGUCAUUGUCUUCAGACUUUGAAGUUAUCUCAGAAGCAGAAGUUAAAACUGUCAGUUCUGCAGAGGAUAUUGUCAGAAAGUACAGAAAGAGAACUAAAAAUACUCUCCGAGAAGGGUUUCGGUGGCAGAGACAGUUGGUGUUCCGCAGCAAGUUAACAAUGCACACAGCAUUUGAGAGGAAAGAUAACAAGGAUCCUGCUGCUGUUACUGCAGUCGCUUUAUCAAGGGACCACAAGACGGUAUAUGUUGGUGAUGCCAAGGGUCGUAUCUUUAGCUGGACAGUGACUGACCAACCAGGACGUGUUGUAGCUGACCACUGGAUGAAAGACGAUGGAGCAGAGACGUGUCUGCAGUGUGGUGUCAGGUUUUCAUUCUCAGAGAGACGUCAUCACUGUAGAAACUGUGGACAGGUGUUCUGUUCAAAGUGCAGUAGAUAUGAAACAGAAAUUAGACGGUUACGGAUCAGAAAACCUGUGAGAGUUUGUCAGUCCUGCUAUAACAUACUCAAAGCUCAACACGCGUUUGCCAAAGAAUCCAGGAAGUAACAGAUGCAUCAUUAUUGUUUAUACAUUCCCAAAUGGAUUUCGCAGACUUGUUGAAAGCUAAAGGUCUUUAAGAAGAAAGUUUUAAGGUGUUACUGUAAUGAUACUGUAUUAGAAGUCAUUAUUGUUCUAAAAUUUUGAUCUUGUGGUAAUUAAUGCAUGACUUUUGUGGAAGAUUUAUCAAAUUUUAUUGAAAAACUGUUGAUUCUUAAGAUGGUUUGUUUGUAACCAAUGUAUACAAAAUAGAAGUUAGUGACAACAGUAUUUAAAAACCAUUGCAUUGUAAGUCUGGUAUAGAAUUUUUUAUCUGCUAGAUUAGUGAACAAGUCGUUUUUCGCCAUUUGGUUGAUAGGUACAUGUAAAAAUAAAUUUAUAAUGGCCUAAGAGUGUUCAGCUUUAAGCAUGUCAUGUGUAGUUCAAGAACUACAUACUGGUACUUUAUUGAGUUUUGGUUGUUGUUUAUAUAUCUUCAAGUAACCUGUCCUCUGCUUGUUAUACUCAGAUGCAUAAUCUACAGUGCACUGCUUUUGAAUUGAUACUCUGUUGUUUAGUUAACCUGAGCACAAAGUGGUCAUGGUUAGCUAUUGGCAUCACCUUGUGUAUGUUGUUCGUCCUUGUGUGUUGUGUGUAAUUGUCAACAGUUGUACUUUUAACAGUCUAGAGGUCACAAUGAAUAUCUGUCAGAAUGUUUACCUCCAAACGUCUCAGAUGAGUUCAAAACUGGGUCGUUUAGGGUCAGAAAUGAGGUCACUAGGUCAGGUCAUUGAAAAACCUUGUUUACACUCUAAAGGUCAUAUUUUCUACUUGAUAUUUAUUAAACUUUGUCAGAAUAUUUGCCUCUCUCAAAUAUAAGUAAAGUUCAACUUACCGAUAUCUAAGAUCAAAACUCGGUCACCCGGUCAAAUGUUAAAAAAAAAAACAUUGUCUGCACUAGAGCACUAUAGAGGCACAUUUUCAACUUGAUUUCAUAAAGUUGUGUCAGAAUAUUUGUCUCUGUAUGAAAUCUAGGUAAAGUUUGAAACUGGUGUAUCUUCGUUAAAAAGAGAACAGGUCACUAGGUUAGAUAAGAAACUAGGUCACUAGGUCAGUUCAUUAAAAAGCUUGUUUACUUACUAUAGACCACUUACCAGAUCUUUAUGAAAUUUUAUCAGAAUGUUUGUCUUUAUGAAAUUUAGUUUACGUAUGAAGCUGUGUCAGCUAGAAUAAAAAACUGGUUAAUGUUUGACAUGAUUUACAUAAAAUCUGGUCAGAAUGUUUGUUGCAAUGAAAUCUAGGUCAGGUUGGAUACUAGGUUAGCUGGGGUAAGAACUAGGUCAGGUGAGCAACACGUGUCAGGUGAGCAAUACAGGUCCUCUUGUUUAUUAUUUUUUGGUAUGUUGCUUUAUACAUGUUAAAUAAAAUGUUUUCUGAAGUGAAAUUUGCACUGGAUAUGAUGCAAAACCAGUCAAAUUUAUAUUAUUAUAUGUUUGCAAAUAUUGUCAUUAUUUAAGAGCAAUUGCUUUUGUUCAAUCUUGUUAAAGUUUAUUUGCUUUUCAAUCCAUAGUUUAGGUAAAAUUUAUGUUUGUAAAAGGUAUUGUGUUCCUGUUACCCUUGUCAAAAAAUUGUUGAAUAUCGGCAAGGAAACUAAAUAUUAAAUUAUAUAAAAAUGCCUUUUGUUUGACAAGAGUAUGUAUUAUUGUUUUGUAGGUGUUAUUUAUGGAAGACUGUCCAUGCUGUAUCAUUCUUCAAGAUCAUUUAAACUGAAAUAUAUGUUAUACUCUGAAAUCCUAAACAUUCCAGUAGUAUAAAUAUUUGUGUUCAUUCAAUAUGAAUGUUUUUUCUGUAUAUACAUGUACAAUAUUUGAAAAAUUCUCUGUUGUGUAAUGUUCAGUGAUCAAUUUAAAACAAAAAAAAUUGUAAUUUAAAAUGUUAAUUUAUUCAUCCUCGAUUAAAUCUAGUCACAAAUGGGUAAGUCAGUGUCUGAAUUAAUUGUAUUAGAUAUUGCUCAAAGUUAAGUAUCUAAAAGUUAUGUCGAUUUAGUGUAAAAAUUAAUAACUACAGUUGUGAUCUUCAAAAUUUACGGAUGUUAAAAACCCUGCUAUGUUUUUUCUAUAUAAUGCCCAAUUUGUCCAAGAAUUUACUGUGAGUAAAAUGCCUGUUAGCUGUGUUGAAGAUUGGGCAGGUAUUGUUUGAGUUGUCUGUCCAUCAGUCCCACUAACUUGUGUACUCAACUCUAACAGUUAUGGUCCAUUUUGUACUUCACAAUAUUAGAAUUACAUUUCAGUCACAACUGAGUUUGAUAAUGAAACUUCAUUUGUCCCUUAAAUCUGAAUUGCACGUUUAAUCGUUAUGUAAGUGACUAUUUCCAAGUUACUGUUCAGUACUGAUGAUCAGUCUCAGUUGUAAUUUAAUUUUGUAGUUCUAGUAAAAUUGCUAUUAAUCUCAAGCUGAGACCAAAACAUAUUUUGUGAUCAUGGGGCCUGACCUCGCCCUACAAUUACAGUCCAGUUCAAAUGAAACUUGGUAUACAUCGUCAACAUGAAGUGUACAUGCGCAUAUUGCCGGGAUCUUCAUGUCAGUAAUUGUUUCUGUUAGAGUUAUGAACCUUCUUAGAGCUUAACAACUACAUCUGUAUACGGUACUUAACUCCUACAGUUUCCAAACAAUUUACAGAAAAACAGAUAAAUUUGUUUAUAAGUAUUUUUGCUAUAAUACAUUUUCAAGGGUAAUGUGUCAGGCAAUUUUGACAUCUAUCUUGUUUUUACAUUAAAGCAGUUUUCUACACGCACGUUCCCUGUAGUUAAAAAUUUCCUUCCUAAAUUUCUUUACCCAUGUUAAUUAUACAUGUAUAUACCAAUUAUGUAAAUAUCAUUUCUAGCCUGCCAAUAUAAUCUGUUGUGCAAUAUUUAAAUAAUGUAAUAAAGUUGUAAUUGUCACUUGUUGCAAGGUAUAUUCACACAAAUUAAAAUCUUUUUUUUUUAUAUUUUUGUAAUGCUGUUAGUGUGUACUUUAUUUUAUAAACAAUAUUGUGAUGAACAUCUUAGUUACUUUUUGAAAGAGCCAGUGAAAUAUUAACUAUAAAUUAUUGUUGUGGAUCGGGCAUUGUUAUUUGAGGUCGAAGUGGCUUUGAUUGUAGGUGAUUCUAAAUGCAAAACUUUGUUUUUAAAAUAUUAGCAUUUAAGUAGUAAAUUUGAAUGACUUAGGGAGGGGUGUGAAUGUGAAACAGAUGACAGAUGAUGACAUAAGAGAUACAACUGACAUUGGUAUACAUAAUAGGGCAGAACAGAAAAGUUUCAUAACAGUUACUGCGGAAUUAUAGGAAUAACUUGCAUUUGGUUUUCAAUUGAACCUUUUAUGUGCUGAUAGUUUUUGGUCAUUUUUAUGACAUUUCCAGGAGUAUUUUGUGGUGUUAAGUGUUAAAAAGAAUAAUGAAAAUUACAUAAAGGAACCAAAUGGGUUUAUUAGAAGAUGUCACAUUUUCUAAAAAAUAUCAAAUGUAUGGGCAAUUUCGGUUAUGAGGAAUAAAAAAUUUUUUUUUACAGAAAGAAUUUUAAUCUUAACAACAAUUUACUGUGUAUAAUUUCUUAUAGCAUGGUAUGGGGAAAAAGUUUUCAGAAUGAAAUAGAAAUUGAGUGUCCUAUUUAUACAUGCACCUUCCUAAUUGUGCAACAUUUUGAACAAAUAUGUAUGUUAAAUCUGAGAGUGUAUGAUAGUGAUAUAAAAUAUGGUUUUUAAUAUGAAUUUAGAUAUUUGGUUUAUCUUUCUACAAAACAUUCCUUAUACAGAAUUCACUGGUACUUUAGUUGUUGUUGAAAUAUAUGUACAUGUUGGCAGAAAAGAUUUUGAAAUUUGACAAGUCAGCAUAUCAUUUACAUGUAGUUAUUAUCCUCACAUGCAAACUUGUUAUGAUCAGUACAGUAUGAAAUUAGAAGCAGUUCUUGUAUUGUUUUUUUACUUGGCAGUUUAAUGUAAUCUGGGUUAGAAAACAUUUUUUUACUUGAAGAUUGUCCCUGUACACUUAUUAUAUUAUUUCUCUGCUGAUUUAAGAAUAUCUAUGCAUGUAUGAUGGAAAGUAAAUUAGUCUGUGUAUGUGGCAGCAAUGUCACAACAGAAAUGAUCUGUAUUGAAUAGUACCAGUGUAUUAGUUUUAGACAUAAUAUAAUGUCACAUCCACUGACAUGAUAAUCCACUGACAUUUUAAAGAUGGAUUUUGGCAAGCCAAAUCCAUGAAGUAGUUGCAACUUUAGAAACUACUCUGAUCUACAUAAAAAAAUGAUUUCAUUUAUAAUGAAAUAAAUUAAUGUUCCAUAUAUUUACUAUUUAGGGCUUCACUUUAGAGGGUUUAAAGUUUCUUUCCAGGCAGAAAACUGUGUCUGCUAAAGGAGAACGGCUGUUGCUAAAGCAUGUGUUUCUGUGCUGAAUGAAUGAUGCUAAAACAGGUUUUCCUAUGCUAAAUCUGGUCUUACUGAGCAGGACGAAUGAUGCUAAAACAGUUUGGGUUGUUUUUUUUGCGUAGAACAGGUGAUGCUAAAUCAUGUUUCUUUGCAGAACAGAAUGAAGACAGGAAUGCUAAAGAAUCUAAAAGAUAAAUGUAAUACACCUUAAGGUUUGAUACAGAAUGUGCUAUAAUGUACCAACAAAAACUUAAAGCUAUUGGCUCACAGUUGGUGUGAAAUUUUUCAACCCGUUUAUUUCCACCCAGUUUUGCGUAUAAUGUAUAUACAUGUACAGAAUGAAAAAGGAUAAAGUGAGUGGAAAUAAAGUGUUAGAUAUUGGUAAAAAAUCAAGUAGAAUAUUUUUUACCCAUUAUUUCAAAAGCAUUUAAGUUGUUUACUUCUUCUGCACAAUGUAUUUGGUAAUUUUAUCAGGGUAUCCAUCAACAUUCCUAUGUCAGUAAGUUUGUACCACUGGUCACUUUCACUGCACCAACAUUUUAUCGAUUUUUUGAGAGAAAAAUAUUUUUCUCUAAAAAACACGAAUGAGUUUCUGUAAGAAUUCCUUUAUCUGUGUAGCAUUUUUAAAUAUCUUUAACUAUUAGAAAGUAUUUCAAACCAGUACCUCUGAGUAGGUGCUAAAUGCAACCUUGUUUAAGAGUAAAUGUAAAACAAAAUGGGAAUACAAUAUCAGGAUUUAACAGGCCUGUCUGUAAAGGACAUGGUUUUCCUAAUAUUUGGGACAGUUUAGAGUGAGAGACUUAGACAUUUGCAAGGUAUCAACAUUGCCAAAUUGGGAAAACACCUGUGACAUAGUCAGACAUGUAAGAUUAUUGCAGUAUUUUCAAAGAUACUCUGGAUCAUAAAAUCACACAUGUAGUUUAUUUAUAAAUUCACAUUGUCAUGAUGCACAUGUAAAGCUUGUCUAUACCCUCGGGGAAAAAGUAUGGUGAUCUGCCCCGCACAUUGGUUUUCCAGUACUGGUACAUUAGCCCUUAAAAGUAGAUAUGUGGUAUAUUUGUUGAAAAUGAAUGUUGUAUUUAUUGAAUGCUGCACUGUAGAGCAAAUUCAAAGCAGGUAUAGCUGUGAUUACCUUCAUGUUUAAUCCAUGUUAGUUUGCUUAUUGUCGAUUAUAAAAAAAAAUUGGAAAAAAAAUGAAGUAAAAUGUGAA